GCCUUUGUGAGGUGAUUACGCGUUCACCUUCGUUUGUAGAAAACCAGCGAAAGAGCUCCUCAGUGCAUAUUUUUAUUUAGUGAGUGUUCGUCACGACAUCGUUUUGUACGUCCGGUCGUCGUUCGGUAAAAGACGGGAAAAUUUCACAAUAAUCAGAGACUCGUACUAUUGUUUCGCGACGGAAAUUUAUUGUGCUUUUGUGUGGUGCAUUGUUUCUCGGUCAGAAUUGGCCCCGAGGAAGAAAGAUUCCCGAGUGAAGUGUUGUGCAAAAAUUUGGGUAAUGUAACUGUUUGCGGCCCGAAGGAGAAGCCUUGGAGCCAGAAGAAAAUGCAGAUUGGGAAAAAUAGCAGAGCAAAAUCGAUUUCCUAGAGCUGGACUGGCAUCAGGAAAAGGAGUGCUGAGGCCUUUCGAAUUUUGCGUUUGGGGCCAUCGUCAUCUUGAAAAAUCGUCGCUUACUACUCUGUCCGUCAUGGGUUGCUUCGAUCGGGAGUGACAAGUAAGGUGGAAGAUCCCCCAAGGUGGAGCUUGCGUGCCGCGAGUGCCAUUGAGUGGAGCAACCGAGAAGGAAUGUCCCAAAGGCCAUUGUAUUGAGGCUCCCAAAAAAAAAAGUUUGGCCAAUAAAACGUUAGUCGGCUGAAGCGAAGAAAAGAAGAGCGGAAGAGCAAAGAGUGCUUCUGAUGUGCAUGCCCUAGAAAAUAUCGUUGUCUGAGAAAAUAGUGGUAUUGUGUUAUGUUCAUUUUGUGACUGCCCCCCUCGAUGAUGGCCGCUAUUUAGAAGAAAGGAAAAACGAACCGAAAAGUGAGGAAAAACGCGAAGGAAAAUAAACAACAUAAAUAUCUUGUCGUAUGUUUGGUAAUAGUGAAGUGAAGCGCAAGAAGAAGAGAAAAAGAAGAAGAAAUUCGGACCGCGCGCUCAGUGUUGGAAAUCGGAGUGCGGCGCGAGAUUCGAUUCGGCUGGUUUUGGCCUAGCCUUGUCUAGCCUCAGCUGAGCCACGAACGUAUUUAAAGUAGUUCAUCGAAGUGCGAAAGAUGGCCCUUUCGACGGAUCCGUACGAGCAGAAGCUGUACAGCUUGUUCCAGGAACACGAUGUCCAUUCGCGGGGAAAGCUGGGCCGGGAAGCGCUGUUGAAGCUGUGCAAGACGUUGGAGUUGGCGAAACCGACCGAGUUGCUGAAACGGCUGCUACGUGACGGCAGCACCAGUCAGGUUUCGUUCGGGGAAUUCCGUGAAGGAUUGCUGUUCAUACUGAGCGGCGAGGAGCCGGAGGAAUCGAUGUCAUCGUCGACGGCAACCGGGGCACCGGGCCAGCAGCAACAGCAGCAUGACCCGCCACGAACGGUGCCGGGUCAGAAAGAUUCAUCCGAGGGACAGAAUGAUGUGGCUACAGGUUUACCUACAGUUGCAUCUCCGAGUGCAGUCUCCAACACCAGCAGAGUCGGGUCGCCAUCGCAAGAGACGACGACACCCUCGGGUAGCAUAAUGUCCAACACAUCGAAACGUCCUCACAAAUUUACCUACCGCCGAGAAAACGACCAGUCAAUUGCGGGCGAGAGCGAAGACAUCACAUCUCUGCAGCCAUCAGUCGUCAAGAUAAUCGGCUGCAGCAGUAGCAAUAACAAUACCAGCCGCCAAGUGCCAUCGGGUGAGAGUGAGGACGAUCUCGUACAGACAACGACCGGCCCUGCAACCCCUACCACCACAUUGUAUGAUAACGAAAAUGAGUCAUCCGAUCGGGAAGUGUCGCCCAAGUUUGUAGUCGGAUCGAAAAAGUACGGUCGUCGGUCACGUCCCCGCGAGGACUGCAACGGACUGGACACUUCAUCGGAUUUCAGCAACUCGGACAACGAAUCGGUCCCCCAACAACAACGUCAGCUUCAGCAAACGGUUCCACCCUCCUCAGCGGAAGCAGACAACUCCUCAAGUAAAAACUCCUCCUCCAAAGUGCAACGAUCCGCCUCGCAGAGUGACAUUCAUGGCUCAAAGCGACGGCGGCCUAUGAGCGGAAGCAGGCUUAAGCGUUGCGCAUCGCUACCUACGCAUCGACAGCGACCGGAUCUAGGCAAACUGAACUCGAAGAACGUACGCGAUAAGCUCAACAUGGAUGAUAAGAUCAUCGACAAGAAGAUCAACUUCAUGAAACUUUCGGAGAAUUUGCGGGACAUUUGGGAUACUCUAGUGGGAAGCGGCCACGGAGAUCUACUUAAUCAAUCACAGCUGGAGGUCGUCUGUGAACGAGUAGGUCUACAAAAACUACCCGCCAAGCUGGCCGCUCGGGAAGUUUUCGCGAAAUUGUCUCUCCAAUCGAUCGAGGGAAUCAGCUACGAUGAUUUUAUUUCGCUGCUGCAAAGCGAUUCGGAUAUUCUUGCCAUUGGCGGCGGCGGCGGCGGCGAAAAGGACCCGACAGGUGGCGGUGAUAAUGGCGUUCAGCGAUUGCGAUUGUUCGACGAGAGCGACAGCUUCAAGGUUCAGGAACUGGAUCGCGACAGCGUGGAGGAAACGGUUGGCUUCACCGUGCGAAUGCCAGCCGAGUGGACAACCGAGAUCGGAUCACUCUCGACGGCCAUCAUCAUCGACAUGUGGGAGUCGGCCGGAAUCAGCGAGCCGCGAGCUUUGCUGCAGGAUCUCGGCUUCUACGGGCUGGAGGUGCAGGUAACGGAGCUAAUCGCAGCACUGGAGGACGAACAGCAACGGCUCGGCGAUGGCAACGACACCUCUGUGGUGGUGAGGGCAUCGCUGGCGCUUCACAAGGCGGAAGUCAGUGCCCUGCGACAGGCGUUCCUUCAGCUGAUGGAAGAAAACAAGAAACUCUACUCCGACAACAAAGAAGCCAAUCAACGCGCCCAACUGCUGCUUCAGGAGGUGGACGAGCGGCACAACUCGUUGGAAAGUGCCACCCGGGACAAAAUCCGUCUCCUGGAGCAGCGUCACCAUGAAACGGUGAAAGAGCUGACGUCGCAACUGGCGUUUGAGAGGGAGCAAUUGUCCUGUGCGAAUGCCACCUUGGAGAAACGGAUCCAAAGCCUGGAACAGGACGAGAGCAAGGUGAAAGCGGAGAUGAACUCGCUGCUGGAGGAGAACGAGGGUUUGAGGGCUGAGCAGGAGAACCUCACCAAGGAGCUGACGGAUAUUCUAGAGAAGAAUAUCAAGCUCAAUAAAGAUAUUGCCGAGCUGGAGGAAAACAAUCGCAACGACUUCGAUGAUGAAUAUGCCGGGAAGAACGACCUGGAAGUUUUGGAGUUGAUCGAGAAGAAUUCUCUGUUGCAAGAUAAAAAUAAAGAACUGAAAGAUAAGAAUGAUGAGUUGAGUGUGGAGAUUGAAAUGUUGAAUGCCGAGCUGGCGAAGUUCAAAUUGAAGCGAAGUGGUGUUAGCAGGACAAGCUCGUUGGAUGUGUCGCCGGUGAUGGUCGAAUCGACUGGGUGCGAAGAGAAUACAAGUGCUGCUAGAAAGCGUCAAGGAGAUUCCCCAAGCAAGGCGAGACUCUCAGAUGAAAGUCCCCGGUUGGGAAAAUUCAGGAAGUGCAGCAACGAUGUGGAGAAUGAGUCCGAUUCGAGUGGGGAUUGGAUGGCUCUGCAUUCCGAGCUUGCACUGAAAGUGGAAGCUACCUCAGGUAUUAGUGUAGAAAAAACACAGGCAGAAGAAAUACAGCAACUAAAGGCGAAAGUUGCUGAACUAGAGGAGUUGAAUAAGAAGAAAGAGGAAGAGAGUACUGGUUUUGAAAAGAGUGAUUUGGAGAAAGUGUCCGAUGGUAGUGAUACAACACAGUCCGAAAUGGCGAAAGUGAAGGCACGUUGCGAGGAGUUGGAAGCAAGUUUAGAACAAUUGAGCAAAGAAUACGAAGCUUGUGAAGACUACUGGCAGAGUAAGGUGAACGAAGAAAGAUUGCUGUAUGAAGAGGAACAGCGAAUUGCCGACGAAAAACUGAACGAGCUGUGUAAAAAGGUGGCCGAAUACGAGGAGCAGUUUGCCGGCCAAGGUGGUAAUAAAAAUGAUGAUGGCCGACUAUCACCUAUCGAGGAGAAAGAUGUCCUGGAGCAGCAGUAUCUGGAUUUGGAGGUGGAAUUCCAACAGGUGCAGACUAUGCUGCAAGAAAAGACGCAUGAACUGGAAAAGCUGCGGGGCAGGAUCCUGGAGCUAGAACAACUCGUCAAAUAUCCAUCGGAGGCGUUAUUAGCUACGCCACCACGUGUUGAUACGCCUGAAAUGGAGAGCCCCGCCAGUUCACCAAUCAGCUAUCUAUGGAAUCAGAGCACCAUCCAAGCUCCAGCCACACGGGACUACCAGAAUCCGAACUGGUGCAAGCCACUGAAAGCGAGCAGUAUUCCGCUUGAAACGAAUCUUGUUAAUAACGAUGUGAACGAAUCGUUACCUCAAUCCAAAAUGGCUGAAGAACUGAAAGGCGAUGCCGACGACUCCGCAUUCGAUCGUACGAUAUCCCCAAUUCAGAAACCUAUCUCGAAAGAACUUAUGGCCACAUCUACGCCUUGUGUUGCAACAGCAGCAGCAGCUGAAAGUCAAGAACUGGUGGAUUGUUCCGACGUGUGCUCGGUAAAAUCAGCUCGAAGCACUCACAGUUUAGCCUCCACGCAUAGCAUUCACAAAUCCGUUUCACAAACGGACGUCGCCUCGAUCAACCAGGAGCAGUUGAAACUGCUGGAGCUGCAGGACGAGAUCAAAGAGCUGACCCACCAGCGAGACUGUCUGAAGAUGGAGUUCCAGCAGUUGAACGAAGUGAAGCCGAUAUUGGCGCGGAGCUACUCCAAAACGGCGGCUCAUCCAAACCUCACGCAGAAGGUUCAGCACCUGGAGCAGAAGAACCGGCAGCUGCAUGCGAUGAUGAAACAACAGCAGCACCACUCGGAGCAGAUUCUGGAACGAAUCUGGAUCCAACAGCGCAGCGAGAUCGCCGAGCUGCGCAAUCAACUCGACGCCCAGAACAUGAUAAUCGCCGACCAAGCGUCCCGACUGGCCAACAACGACCAGCUGGUGCGGGAACUGUACGUGGAAAAUGGCCGACUAGUGGCGCAGGUCCAACGCCUGGAACAGCAAAAGGCCCGGGCUACCAUGCUGCAGCUUUCGCAGGCCACUUCCGCCGGUGGCCACUGCCAUGCGGGCCAGCUGAGCGGAUUCGUACCUGGGAUGCCCUAGCGCCAGCGGUUGCCCAUCAUUGGCGUAGGGCGAGAGUGUUUUAAUGUGUCAUAAUCGAUUGCGUUUUUUUUACUAACGAGCGUGAACCACAAUUUACCUGUUGAUCUGUAGAGGGAAAGCAUGCAACAUUACGCACCAGAAACCAAAACCAGAGGAGGAGAGUAUAGUUUGAUUGAUUAUGAUAACUUAGAAAUUUAUUUAUCGAUGAGACGGAUUGUUUCUUCGUGGGAAUGAAACGAGUCUGGUCCGAAUUGUACAACAAUUCAGCAAUUCGUAUUGUAAUAAUAUAUUCGCAAAUAUUUAUUUUACCUGAUUAGAUAGAAUCAAUUCCAGCUAUUCAAACUAUAUUAGGAAAAACCUAAAUGCCAAGCAAAAGCAACGUAGGUCUCUAGAAAAGCAAACACUCGUCACAUUUAUACUCGAUUUCUUAUAAAUCUGAUCGUAGGCUUCGUCUUAAACUCAUCUAGUGCUGCACUUUUUUUGUUAUUGCACCACUUAGGUAUCAAUAGACCUUUCGAAGCUGACCAAGCACUUUUCCGAGCGUAUUUUCUCCUCUUUCGUUCGAAUCAAACCAACUUUUGCCUUCUGUACCUACUAACGUGUGCAACAUGGACUGAAACUAUUUUCUAUUAGUCUGAAAAUAGAACCGAAAAAAGACAUUUGUUUUUACUUAUCAUUGCGAAUUGAUAUGUGGUUGAUAUUUUUUACAAUCUUUCGAUACCCGCAUCGCAAAUCGGAGCGCUUUUCAGUGUAGAAAUACAUGAUCGAUAUUAAAAGACAUAGGUAUAGUUGCAGCAAAAUAUCACUUUUAGAUGUGUAGAGUAUAUCGCUGUUGUCCAAGAAGUAAAUAUAGAAACUCGAUGAUUAGAAGAGCACUGGCCUUAACUGUGAAACGCGUUAACUAUUGUCUUACACCUUUCCUCCAACUAACACGGUUCCUAACACCAUUCCUAAAACAAACUUACACUCGAACAGAGAAACGACCUAUCUGCGGAAUGAAUCCUAAACAAGAAAACAACGCGCACUAAGAAACAGAACAGGAUUGGUUUAUGAACAGAAAUGAUAUGAUUAUUUACAAUAUUACGUAGAAUAGCAUGCAGAAGAAAAAAAAAAUACAGAGAACAGGACUUAUUUGCGUCGUUUCACAGUUUGAAACUCGGAAAACACUCCUCAAUCGGCAGAACAUUCGUGUCAGAAGAUAAGGUUCACAGUGUGUGUGAACUUACCGAGAGAUCUACCAAGAGAUAGAAGACAUUUUUGUUCGCAAUCUAUGUAGGUUUGUAAAUUAGGUAUAAUUGUAAAAAGAAGGAAAUAUGUCAUUUAAUAAAAUAUUGCCUUUAAAUGAUCUGAAAA